GGCUUUCAUAAUGAGUCAGCGUUGUGACAUCUGAAAAAGAAAACCCAUCAACACACACUUUUCGUCCCCCUGUUCAGUUUGACGGUAACAAAGGGGGUCUCAGGUUGCAUUUUGAUUCUGUUCCUCAUCCAUGAUGAUGCAAACCUUCCAUUGUUUUCUUUUAACGUCCCUCUUUCUGUAUUCUUCUGUGCUGACAAUGCAGUGCAACCACUCACAAUACCCAUGGCCCGUAAAGGCCCCACAACUUUGCUGUGACAAGUGCCCACCAGGUCAACACAUGAUUCAGCGCUCAUCAAGCAGUUGUGCUAUCAACUGUGAACCUUGCACGGGCUACCGCUACUCUGAUUCUUACAACGUGGAGAUGAGCUGCAACGUCUGUAGGAUGUGUGAUAAACCUAACAUGGAGUAUGAGUCACCUUGCCAAAAAUCUUCCAACGCCGUGUGCAGAUGUAUAGAGGGCUACACAUGCGUAGACCAAGAGUGCACAGGAUGCUUCCAUGUACCAGGAACCAUCAAGUCCAACACUACAGAUGCAGUGGGAUACCUGGUAGCAAUUGUCCUCCUGUGUGCUGUCAUUACUGUCAUAGUCUUUCUCCGCUGUGUCAGAUCCAAGCACGUUGCAGUGAUGCGGUGCACAGACCAAGAAGAGGAGGCGUGCAAGCCUGUCCAAGAGAUGUGUGGCAAAUGUGACCGAACAGGUGAAGUGUAAUAAUGGGGCAUUUUUAUCGGUUAAACAUUGUAUUACGUGUCGCUAAAAGAUGUGUGUACAUUUGUACACGGAGGCCAGGUAUUAAAAUACUAUUCACUCAACCGCAGAGAGUACCAUGCAUCUAUGUAUUAUUAGAGAAGAUGUCUUGCCUUGUUGUUUCUAUUUAUAUGUUUUUUUUUAUUAUUGUUUUCUAUAAUUGAUGCAGAGGAGUUGAAAGUUUUCCAUGCUUAAGUUUUGGCACAUUAUACAGUGGAACCUGUUUAGUAUCCCUGGGAUUGCCUGAUUCAUGUCCACAUCAGACUUCGACCAGAUACAUAAUAAUAAAAGUAAUAGUAAUAGUA